UGGGAUUGGUUCAUAACCAAUGAUAUGUCAAAUUCAAUUGAACUUUGAUCCGUAUAAUCGUUGAGCGAACUGAGUCUAAAUAACUUUAUAAAACGUGCUCGGUAAUUUCAGAAGAACUUAAAUUAACGGGGGGCAUUGAACAAAUAUGGGAAACCGAUCAAGCCUUCUUCUACGAGAGGAGGAAAUUGCACAAAUUCAAGAUGCCACUGGCUUCACACCGAAUCAAAUUGAAAGGUUGUACAGUAGAUUCACAAGUUUGGAUCGAGGGGAUUGUGGUACAUUAAGCCGUGAAGAUUUCCUCAGGAUACCUGAGCUAGCAAUCAAUCCUCUUGGUGAUAGAAUCGUCAAUGCAUUCUUUGAAGAAGGAGGCAGUGACAGAGUAAACUUCCUGCAAUUCAUGCAAGUCUUGGCCCAUUUUAGGCCGAUCAAAAAGAAUAGUCCAAAUCGACUGAACUCAAGGCAAGAAAAAUUGAAAUUUGCCUUCAGAAUGUAUGAUCUGGAUAAUGAUGAUUUGAUAUCAAAAGAAGAACUGUUAGCUAUCUUACAUAUGAUGGUGGGAGCCAACAUAAGCGAGGAACAGUUGACCAGCAUCGCAGAGAGGACCAUAGUAGAAGCUGAUGAAAAUGGGGAUGGUAUGAUUUCUUUUGAAGAGUUUUCUAAAGCAUUAGAAAGAACAGAUGUCGAACAAAAAAUGUCCAUACGGUUUCUAAGUUAGGAAUACUACUCUGGAAUAGUGACGAGCUACAACUUUUUAAUUUAAUUCAAUAUGUUAAUAUAAUAGAUGAAACCUUGGACAACAGCUACCAUUUUCCAAAAUCUCCAUUCGGUGAGAUUGUACAAGUGUUAGUUACUUUCUUGGUCUAAAAUAUGUUCGUGUGAACUAUUAGGAAAGAGUUAUAUCACAGCCUUUGGAAUACAAGUAAAUUCGAGUGAGAUGUAGGCAACGUAGAUAUUUACCAAAAGCACCUGAUCAAUGUAAAUUAGCGCUCACUUUUUUUAGCAUACAAUUCAGGGUAAUUUAAUUUAUUUUAUAAUUUUUUUUUUUUUUUUUUUUUUUGUGAGAGUAAUUCAAUAAAUAACAUUCUCAUAACUCAA